GCCCUGGUGUCGGCGUGUGUGUAAACAGUAGGAGAGAGACUUCAUUAGUUGUCUAUAAAUGAAUGUUUUCAGUGGCGCGAGGAUCUUUGGAGUACAAUCAGCUUUUAAGCAAACAGGAAGUCAAAGAUGAAGAUUAAAUCCAAGUCUUCGUACCAUAAAUCUGAGAACACCUUCAGGUUUCUCACUUUUGCAGAAAGACUCGCCAAUGUUAACAUCGAUGUCAUCCACCGGAUAGACAGAACAGGAGCUUAUUCAGAGGAAGUAGAAACAUAUUUCUCUGAAGGACUGACAAAAUGGAGGGACCUCAACUUGACAGAGCAUUUCACUACGUUUCUAAAAGAGGUCUCCAACAAGAGCCAGUCCUUCAACAUGCUGGUUUUCCAUCAGACCGUCAUAGUGGACAGUCUGAAAACACACCUUGGGGUCAAGGACAGCCUUGCCUACCAGCCACUCCUGGACCUGGUGGUCCAGCUGGCCAGAGACCUGCAGACUGACUUUUACCCCCACUUCCCUGACUUCUUCCUUCUGAUCACCUCACUGCUGGACACCAAGGACACGGAGAUCCUGGAGUGGGCGUUCACCUGUCUCUCCUACCUCUACAAGUACCUGUGGAGGCUCAUGGUCAAGGACAUGACGAACAUCUACAGUUUAUACAGCACACUGCUGGCACACAAGAAAGAGCACAUUCGCAGCUUUGCAGCAGAGAGCUUCUCUUUUUUGAUGAGGAAGGUUCCAGAUCUGGAUGCCCUUCUGAACCUCAUGUUCUCAGAUCUUCAGCAGCACCCAGAGAAGGCAGAGGGAGCAGGCCAGCUACUCUUCCAAAUGUGUAAAGGAGUCAGAAACAUGUUUCACUCCUGUGCUGCAAAUGCACUUCCUGUUGCUUGGCGUAAACUUGGACCCUCAACCAGUCCAGGACUCUGUCUACCAUGGGACACUGUCAGAGAUGCUCUGGAUCACAUGGCCCAGGCUGCAGCCAAUCACAUUGAUCGAGAACACUUCCUUGUUUUAUGGGAGUCCUUACAGGUCAGUGUGUUGGAUGUCGUUGGUAUCAUGGAGGCAAAAGGAGAGGGAGCAGAUCAGGCAGCAGAGCAGCUGGAGAGGCUUCUGUUCAUCCUCCACACUCUGGUGUCCCAUAAAGGCGGAGCCAAGAUCACCAAGCCUGAGGCGGUCUGUCAGACGGUGCUGCGGCUGAUUCAGAGCUCAUCCUUGUCAGCUUCCUGUUCCCGCCUGCUGCUCCAGACCACCUCCUCCCUGCUCCUCGGGGAGAACAUCACCUUACCUGCUGCGCUCAUCCAGGAGACGGUCCAGAAGGUGUUCGGCAGCGCCCUAGGACAAGAUCUGAUCCUUGAGUUCACCAAGGAGAUGCUGACUAUGAAGCAGUUUGAACAGCUCUUCCUCCCCAGCCUGUUGCGAUUCACUGCAGGGCUGUUCGGUCGUGGCGAUCCGCUGUCUCGUCACUGUGGCCUGGAUGUGCUGGUCAGCCUGAUCCUCGCCAAAGCUCCUCCUCCAACAGAUGGCUCCAUGGCCUUUGAAACCUACCCGCUGCUCUUCACCGGACAGACCACAGGAGCGUUUAGCCGUGAUCAGACCAGCACCACUACAACAGAGCAGUCUGCAGUACCAGAGCUGGUGCUGUCGCUGAUCCGACUCCCCGAGGACAAAAACCAGACUUUGACUGACCUCUCCCUGCCUUUGGCCGCUCUGGUGCUUCUGCCACACCUCAGGCCUCUCUCUUCAGCUAGCAUUGUUCCUGCUGUGACUGCAUUAUUAAACCAUCUGCUGUGUGACAUAGAGACGGAGAAACUGGCUAAAGCCGGUCUGUUUGUAGCCAGACAGGCUCUGAGCUGCCUCCUCACCCUGGACAGCUCUGCCCAGCUCCUCUCACUGCUCACUGUGGACAAGAUCAACUCCAUCCUGCGGAAGUUUCCCACAGACCUGUCUGCCCUGUUGUUAGGAGACCUGUACUACACCCGACUGUCACUCAGUGGCGUCUCAGAGCAUCUCUCCCACAAUGCACUGCUGGAACUCUACCAGAUCCUACAGGCCAACCUUUCUUCCAACAUCUCCAAGAUCCGCCUGCUGACUCUCAGGAUUCUGUCUCAGUUUGAGGCAGAGCUCCCUCCCCUCACAGAGGACGAGGAGAAUGUGGAGGUCCAGCCGGUGUUUGCAAUCUGCCUGCAGGCUGAGCUGGUCCCAGCUUCAGUCCAGGACUACAGGGAAAAACUGCUCCAUCUGCGGAAACUAAGACACGACCUGGUGCAGCGCAGUCUGCCACAAGGGCCAGCCAACACCUUUCAGCAGGUGCCCCUGCGUUACCUGAUCGCAAUGCUCUUUGUCAACUUCAGGCCGCUGUGGGACCCGGUUAUCGAACUUCUUGUGACUCAUGCCAGGGGAAUGGACAACAAAGAGUUCUGGAGGGUUUACCAUGAGCAUCUGGAGAUGGUUGCAGGCCUGGCUGAGAAAGAAUUGCAGGAUGAUGAGGAUGAUGAUGAAGAGGGACCAAGCCUUCAGGGAGAGCCGGGCUGUGAGGUGAUAGAAAGUGGGGACGUGGGGGUGCUCUUCCUUGAACAAGUGAAGUCCACUGUAGACCCCAACGAGAGGACAGAUUUCCCAAACUUCCGCAGCCUGCUGUGGCGCUCCAUGGCUCAGUUUCCUGAGCGAGUGGAACCCCGCAGUCGAGAACUGAGCCCCCUGCUGCUCAGGUUCAUCAGUAAUGAGUUCUUCCCUGCCGACCUGCUGGUUGCCCCGACUCAGGACUUGAGGAAGAGGAAUAGUGCUGCAGUGGAGGAUUCUGGGAUGGCUGUGGAUGAAGAGGAGGAGCAGGAGGAGGAGGAGGAGGAAGGCAGCAAACAACAGAGGAAGGCGCUUCCGAGGAGAGCUGCUGCCAAACAGCUGAUUGCUCACCUGAAGGUGUUUGCCAAAUUCACCAAUCCUCGGUCCCUCUACCUGGAGAGCAGCCUCAGUGAGCUGUAUAACCAGCUGCUCUGCCAUCAGGACCAGCAGAUCCAGCGAGUGGCUCUGGAGUGUGUUCUUUCAUACAAAGAACCCAACAUAGUCCCGUACAAGGAGAAUCUGGAGAAGCUUCUGGAUGACAAACACUUCAAAGAGGAGAUAGUUCAUUUCAACAUCUCUGAUGAGAGCGGGGUGGUCGAUGCUUCACACAGAGCCAGACUCAUCCCACUGCUAAUGAGGAUCCUGUUUGGCCGUCUGCGCAGUAAAGCAGGCAGCAAGUUUCAGGGGAAGGCAUUCGCCGCCUCUCGGUCCUCCAUCAUCCUGCGUUUCCUGGCAGGCUGCCAGGCUGAGGAGCUGGGAAUAUUCAUCGACCUGCUGUUGGAGCCCGUCUGCCAUCACAGUCAAGGUCCCUGCCUGGCAGCUGUGGAGAGAGCGAUAGCAGACACAGAUCUAGGAGCUGUUCUGCCACUGGGACGUCAGCACAGUCUGCUGAAUAUCAUCAACGUGGUCAUCCAAAAACUGGGCCAUCUCAUCCACAUCUACCUGCCCAAGGUGCUGCAGAUCCUGCUGUGUGUCACUGCUUCUGUGUCCACUAUCCUGGACCAACGGGACCAGUUGCGUGCAGGUUGCAUCAGUCCCCUGAAGAACCUGAGGCGACUUGGCAUUCUGAGAAUCCAGGACUUUUUUGACGGCUUCGACUCCCACAGCUUCAGUCCAGAUGAGCUGGACGCUGUCUUCCAGGCGGUGGUCUGGCCUCAGAUUUGUCGUCUUCCCACAGAGAGUCCUUACUCUCCCACACCUCUGCUGAAACUCAUCCAUGUGUGGUGCAAAAACUCCAGGUUUUUCCCGCUCUUGGCUAAGAAGAAGCCAAACCAGCUGGAGUGCGAUGUCCUCCUCAACGUCUUUGCUCUCCUCUCAGCCAAGAAUGCUUCCCCAGCCACCAUAGCCAUGGUCAUGGACAUCGCCGAGUCCCUAGCUACCACUGAAGACUUUGUCCCCUCAGAGUCUGAGGCAGAGCUGAGUGUUAACAACUGUGUGUUCCCACAGCCUGGAGAGGGCGCUCUUAUCUCUGAAGACUCUUUAACUCAGGGUUCCAGGCUGCUGCUGCCUCACAUAUCCACCCUGCUGCAGUACCUCAGCGGAGUCGUACGCAACACUGACCGACUCAAGAAGAAGAAGUUCAGGGCACAGGUGGCCAAAGAGCUCAACAUCCUCUCUAAGGUCAGUCGGUUCGUGAGCGAUAAGGAGCAGAGCUCAGUGCUCAUUGGUCUGCUGCUUCCCUACCUCCAGAAAGGCAACAACCCUCAAGAGACAGAAAUCGACAUCCUGGCCACAGUCCAGAACCUUCUGCGACAGUGUGUGCAGCCCUCGGCCUUCCUGCGGCCGCUAAGCAAACUCUUCUCCAUCAUCCACCACAAGCUGCCCAGGCAGGCCCUCACUAACGUCUUCCAGACUCUGUCAGAUCUGGAGCCUUCACUCACAUACAUCACUGAUGCAGCAGCUCAGCUUAAUGCCUUUGACAGUCGACACUUGGAUGAAAUCUACUUUGACGUACGCCUGACGGCUUUCCAAGACGCAACCAGACGUGUCAAAGACAUGGCCACUCUGGACCUGGACUUCAUCAGCACCAUCAUACACAACUGCUUCCACACCUAUGAGAUUGGUGACAUGUCGCUGGCAGACAACGCCACCCUGUGUCUGUCUGCUGUCAUCACCCAGCUGGCAGUGGUCGGGCCUGGAGAGCAGAUCUACAAAGACAUUGUGCAGCACACCAUCCUGGAUGCUGUGCACAAGGGUCUACGCAGUAAAACAGAUAGUGUGCAGCAUGAAUACACCACUGUGCUCGCCUGCCUGGUGAAGACCUUCCCCUCCAAGAAAGAGUUCAGAGACCUGGUCCAGCUCACUAACUACAGUGACCCAGAGUCAGACUUCUUUGAGCACAUGAAGCACAUCCAGAUUCACCGUCGAGGCCGUGCCCUGAGGAAAUUAGCUAAGCAGCUAUCUGAAGGCCAAGUGGUUAUGACGCCUCGCUCUCUCCAGAAUUACAUCAUGCCGUACGCCCUGACCGCCCUGCUGGAUGAAAAGAUGCUCAAGCAUGAGAACAUGAUCUCAGCAUCGGUGGAGGUGGUCGGCGCAGUGUGUCGCAGGCUCACCUGGUCUAAGUACCUGUACUACCUGAAACACUUUAUCCACAUCCUGCAGACGGCACAGGCUGAGCAGAAACUGGCCGUCAGUUUGCUGGUCACCGUUCUUGAGGCUUUCCAUUUUGACCAUCAAACCCUCAGCAGAGAAAUGGAGGCAGCCAAGACCAGAGAAACUGGCAGUGUUGCUGAAGAUGCAGACGAGGAGAACCACGCUGCAGCAGAUGAAUCUGACGAUAGCGAAGAUGAUGAGGAGGCCAUGGAGGUAGACAGUAAGGCAGCUCCAUCCGACCCUCCCAUGGAAACAGACUCUAUCAGUGGAGAAAAGGAGGUUUCCUCCAAGGAUGCAGUCACCACUAAACCUAAAGUCCCUGUAGCCAUCGGGCUGCCGCAGAGCAAAGAGGAGCUGGAGUCUCUGGUCAGCACCAUCCAUGAAACGGUCAAUAACAGCGUGCUUCCCCGCCUGCACAAAUGUCUGAAUGCAAAGGUGAAGCGUGAUGAAGAGCACAAGGCUGUGAAGUCAAAGGAUGUGAAGGAUGAAGAGGUGGUGAGGAUACCCAUCGCCUUCGCCAUGGUCAAACUGAUGCAGACUCUCCCGCCACACAUCAUGGAGGCCAACCUGCCUGGGAUCCUGAUAAAGGUGUGUGUGGUGCUGAGGAACCGCUUCCAGGAGAUCCGUGACGUGGCCAGAGGAACUCUGGUGAAAAUCCUUGAGACUUUGGGCUGCAGAUAUCUGCAGUACCUGCUUAAAGAAAUGCAGGGGAUCCUGGUCAAAGGUUAUCAGGUCCACGUGUUGACGUUCACAGUGUACCAGCUCCUGUCUGUCCUCAGUCCGACUCUGAAGAGUGGUGACCUGGACCCAUGCAUGAGCAUGCUCAUUGAUAUCUUCAACAAUGAGCUGUUCGGGGCGGUGUCUGAGGAGAAGGAGGUGAAGGGGAUCGUCUCUAAGCUGAUGGAGGCUCGACACAGCAAGAGCAUGGACUCAUACGAGCUGCUGGCUCAGUUUUGCAGCAAAGAGAGCAUCACCAAGUUAAUACUGCCACUGAAAGAGAUUCUGGAGACUUCCUCCAGUCUGAAGGUGUGUAACCGCGUCAGUGCUGUGCUAAGGCGACUGGUCCUGGGUCUGCUAGCCAACGAAGGCAUGACUUCACAGGAUAUUUUACUGCUCUGCCACGGCCUGGUCAGUGAGAGUCUGCCGCUGCUCACCAAGAGAGACAGAGAGAAAGCCUCGGCGAAGCCUCCCCCAGACCCUAGACUGCCCCCUCCUAGCUGCCUGCUCCUGCCUCCAACUCCAAAGAGAGGAGGUCAGAAAGCUCCGGUCAGCAGCCGCACCAACAUGCACAUCCUGGUUGAUGCUGGACUCAAGCUGCUCCAUCUGAGUAUGAAGAAAUCCAAAGUGACGUCUUCUGAGGCCUCGGCUCUAGAGAUGCUGGAUCCCUUUGUAAUACUUCUUCUAGACUGCCUCAACUCGAUGCAUGUCAAGGUGAUCACAGAGGCUUUGGUGGCAUUCACUUGGCUCUUGAAGUUCCCUCUGCCUGCAGUGGAGCAGAAUGCAGAGCAGCUGACCAAGCAGCUCUUUGUCCUGCUAAAGGAUUACUCCAAGGCUGGGGCAGCCCGCGGGGAGAACUACCACCUAGUCCAGAACUGCUUUAAGGCCAUCACUAUACUGGUGAAGAAUGUCAAAAGCAACAGCAUCUCAGAGACACAACUGCAGGUGCUUCUGGGCUAUGCUGAGGAGGACAUCUAUGACCAGUCCCGACAGGCCACUGCGUUCGGCCUGCUAAAGGCGAUUUUGUCGAGGAAACUUGUCGUUCCUGAGAUGGAGGAGGUGUUAAAAAAAGUGGCCAGGCUGUCUGUCACUGGCAGCAACGCUAUGAUCAGGAUCCACUGUCGGCAGAUCUAUCUUAAAUACCUGCUGGACUACCCACUAGGAAGGAAGCUAAGGGGGCACCUGGACUUUGUGGUGGCCCAGCUGCAGUAUGAGCAUGACACAGGCAGGGAGUCUGUGCUGGAGAUGCUGGCCUACAUCUUCCAGACUUUUCCUCAGAACCUUCUUCUACAGAACAGCGGCUUAUUUUUUGCCCCGUUGGCACUGGUUGUGGUCAAUGAUGAUUCUGCACGCUGUAAGAAAAUGGCUGCAAUGGCCAUCAAGGCUCUGCUAACCCAGCUGGAUGUGAACCACCAGAACACCCUGUACUCCCUUGUCAACACCUGGCUUAAUGCAGAAAAGGCCAGUCUGAGGCGUCUAGGAGCACAGGUCUGCGGUCUGUUCGUCGAGGUGGAGGAGGAGAAGUUUGCCCGUCGUCUCGAUGACCUGCUGCCUCUACUGGAGAAAGAGAUAAAUCCUGACAACUUUGAGGAUAUCGAGGAGGAGCAGGAGGAGAAAGGAGCUGACAGGCUGUUGUUCAGUUUUCUGACACUCAUUAGCAAACUGAGCAAAUACUGCGGCCUGCUGGAGCUCAACAAGCCUAAUGACACCUUACAUCGCACCUGGGGUCACAUUGAGGCCCAUCUGCGCUACCCUCACUGCUGGGUGUGGCUCACAGCCUCGCAGCUCUUUGGUCAGCUGUUUGCGACUCAUCAGGCCGAGCAGCUGGUCGCUGUUUGGAGAGGAGAGGGAGGAGAAGCUGCAGCUCCGCCAGCCGCCACGGCCUUCAUCACCAGCAACCUGGACAAGAAGAUGAGAGAGUUGGCGUUAUCCUUCUGUCAUCAGCUUCAGUCCAAGUUCCUUGACACAGCAUCAGGAGAGCAGGUUAUCAAGAACUUACUGUUUGUGGGUAAGGUGAUCUAUCUCAUCUCCCCCGAGUCUGAUGUCACUUCCUGUCAGGAGGAAACCAAAGAGGAAGAAGAGCAGAGAGAGAACGGCAAUGAAGAGGAGGAGGGCGAAGAGGAGAUGGAAGAGACAGAAGAGAAAGAGGAGGAAGAGGAUGAUAAGGAUGAUAAGCCUCCUUCACUGCUGUGGUUGAUGAAGAAGCUGUCGCUAAUGGCCAAGAGAGAGGCGGCGUACACUCCGAAAAUCCCCCUGAAGAGAACAUGUGUGUUUAAGUUCCUCGGAGCGAUGGCCAUGGACCUUGGAAAGGAACGGCUCGGGCCUUAUCUGACCACAAUCAUUACUCCGCUGUACAGGGAGCUGGACAGCACCUAUGCAGACCAAGAUCCCACACUGAAGAACCUGGCCCAAGAGCUGAUAGAGCUGCUAAAGAAGCAGGUUGGGUUGGAAAGAUUUUCUCUGGCCUUCUCUGCUGUCCAGAAGGAGUUUUCACAGCGGCGAGCGGCACGCAAACGGCACAGAGCCAUGCAGGCCGUAGCAAACCCAGACAUCGCAGCCAAGAAGAAACUCAAGAAGCACAAGAACAAAAUUGAAGCCAAGAAGAGAAAGAUCGAGUUCCUCCGGCCGGGGUAUAAAGCCAAGAAACACCGGAGUCAUGCUCUCAAAGACCUGGCCAUGGUGAAGUGAGCCUUAUCAAGGACGCUUGGAUGAUAGACUCACGACAUCUGAUCUUGUGGGCUGCCAUGGCCUCAGAUUCAAGUCUUAAUAAAGUAUGUGAAAUAAAGGGGUACUACGCAGACAUUUUGACAAAGAAAAAACCACAGCCAAUCAGGAAAGAUGAUGGAUUUUUACCCUCGGAAUUUGUGAAUCACAUUUGAACCAUGAAAAUAACCGUAUCCAUCUCUGAUGUUAGAUAUCUAACAUCCUGUAAUACAGUGGUCAUCAACAAAAUUCAUACAAGGGCCAGCUUUUUUUCCUGAUGGACACUUUACUGGCCGGACUUUCACAUUUACAGAAAUAAAUGAAGAUUUUGGUGUGUUAACAUAUUUCUGUUUGAAUAGUUUUAUAAUCUUUAAACGUAAACCAUUUUUGAGGUCAGUCCUGAUCAGCUAUCCUGCAGCCAGCCACAAGGACAGAUGAGAUAUUUUUGGUACGUAUUUCUGGAGUCGUCAUGUUGUCCAUUACUGGGUUUGACACCAAUAUACUGUGCAGUGUUUGGUGGAAAAAUGUGCAGUAACAGGUCUUUUUAUAUUAGCAAGUGUAAUUAUCUAGUAAUUUCUCAAGAAUAAGGUGAGAUUUACCUUGUUAUAAGUUAACUUGUUGGCAUUUUACUAAACAUAACUUUGAAAAAUGGUAACAUUAAGGAAGUAUUUCCCUAGUAUAAAUGUAAUGAUUAACAAGUAAUUCCUCAUAAUGCUUUGGCAAUUCUCGGACAAUUAGGUGGUAUUUUACUCUUACCCUAAUCCUGUAUCCCUAAAAAUAACUAAAAGUUACAAGGAAUUAUUUUACUUACUGACUUUACUUGCUAGCUAAAAUACCACCUAAUUACCAGAAAAUUGUCCUGAUAUUACAGGGGUUAAGAUUAGGUAAAAUACUGCCAAAUUACCAGAGAACUGCUCCAAUAUUACUAGGGUUAGCGUCAGGUAAAAUACCACCUAAUUACCAGAGAAUAGCUCCAAUAUUACUAGGGUUAGCGUUAGGUAAAAUACCACCUAAUUACCAGAGAAUAGCUCCAAUAUUACUAGGGUUAGCGUUAGGUAAAAUACCACCUAAUUACCAGAGAAUAGCUCCAAUAUUACUAGGGUUAGCGUUAGGUAAAAUACCACCUAAUUACCAGAGAAAUGCUCCAAUAUUACUAGGGUUAGUGUAAGGUAAAAUACAACCUAAUUACCAGAGAACUGCUCCAAUAUUACUAAGGUUAGUGUAAGGUAAAAUACAACCUAAUUACCAGAGAACUGCUCCAAUAUUACUAAGGUUAGUGUAAGGUAAAAUACCACCUAAUUACCAGAGAACUGCUCCAAUACUACUAGGGUUAACGUUAGGUAAAAUACCACCUAAUUACCAGAGAACUGCUCCAAUAUUACUAGGGUUAGCGUUAGGUAAAAUACCAGCUAAUUAUCCGAGAAUUGCUCCAAUAUUACUAGGGUUAGUGUAAGGUAAAAUACCACCUAAUUACCAGAGAAUUGCUCCAAUAUUACUAGGGUUAGUGUAAGGUAAAAUACCACCUAAUUACCAGAGAACUGCUCCAAUAUUACUAGGGUUAGUGUAAGGUAAAAUACCAGCUAAUUACCAGAGAACUGCUCCAAUAUUACUAGGGUUAGCGUUAGGUAAAAUACCAGCUAAUUACCCGAGAAUUGCUCCAAUAUUACUAGGGUUAGUGUAAGGUAAAAUACCAGCUAAUUACCAGAGAACUGCUCCAAUAUUACUAGGGUUAGCGUUAGGUAAAAUACCACCUAAUUCCCAGAGAACUGCUCCAAUAUUACUAGGGUUAGCGUUAGGUAAAAUACCAGCUAAUUACCCGAGAAUUGCUCCAAUAUUACUAGGGUUAGUGUAAGGUAAAAUACCACCUAAUUACCCGAGAAUUGCUCCAAUACUACUAGGGUUAGUGUAAGGUAAAAUACCACCUAAUUACCAGAGAAUUGCUCCAAUAUUACUAGGGUUAGCGUUAGGUAAAAUACCAGCUAAUUACCCGAGAAUUGCUCCAAUAUUAGAUGGAUCUUGUGGCAAUUUAUACAUGAUAACUAGGGAAAUGCUUCCCUAAUAUUAUCGAGUUCAUGAUAAAAUACCAACUUAUUACUACAAAAUCACUGUCUUAUUCUGUGAAAUGACAAGGUAACCAGGGCCUUCUUAAAUGAAGUGCUACCCUUAAAGAUCCUAAAGUGGAAAGUUGAUUAAGAAAAUGCAGCUUUACUCACCAAUACGCUGAUGAGUUGCUGUUUAUCAUUCAUCAUAUUUGCUUAUCAUUGGCUGGCUAAAGAAAUUGACUAUAUGUUUAUUCAUAACACAUUUAACUGUUUUAAGGACUAUUUUAAUGGCUGUUUAAGUUUUGUUUUGAAAGAAGUACCCUGAACAUAUAUUUUCCUCUGCAUAUUUUCUGAAUUUAAUCUCGGGGGGGAGGGGUCCUGAUGGGAAGCUGUGGAGGGCCUGACGUGGCCCCCGGGCCGCCAGUUGAUGACCACUGUCCUAGAGUGUGUAAAAGGAAAUAGAAAUGAGACAUUUGACUGUCGGAUGCCUGUGUAGGUCGUUGUAUUUCCAUUGCAGACUAAAUCUUUGUUCUGCUGUGAAUGUGUAGAGUUGUCCUUUUCU